AUGGAGGCCAAGGAGGAGCACCAGGAGAUGAAGGUGGAGGCUGCUCAGCUGCGACAAGCCUUGGGCAAAGCCGAGCUGGCGAAGGACAUGACAGAGGUCGGCCUUGCGGACGCCAAAAAGUCCGAGGAGCUGAUGCAGGGCAGAAUCCGCCACAUCGAGAAGGCCGGGAAGGAGGCUCGCGAGGAGGCAGAUGCCAGGCUGCUCCGCAUCGAGGCAUCGACCGAAAGAUUGGAGCACGCGGCAAUGCGGCUGAAGGAGACUUCUGUGGAAGCCGAGGUGCAGGCCCAAGAGCUCCGCGAGGAGACAUCGGAACAGGAUGUGGAGAUCCAGAGCCUCCGCACUGAGCUGGAGGCAGCGGAGUUGGAGGAGGAGCUGCUCAGAAACGCACUGCGGGAGCAGAUGCAGAGGCAAACUCAGGUCAGGAUUCUGAAUGCUAAUGCGUACACCAUUGCCUCUCAGGCAGCUCCGGUCCCUACAGAAUUGGCCGAUGACAGCGACGGGGAGGCUCCGAUGCCUACAAGGCCUACAAAAGUGCCCAGCGAGCAGGCCAAGCCAAGGACGGCCUCAGCGAUUGAUCUGGAUGUUGCACUGAGUCACGGCACGACGGCCAUCACCUCUUCCAAUGACCCUACGGUAGCAACUGGAAAGUUUCUCUACCUUUUGGGUACCAGGAAGGUUGCUGAGGCUGAGGCUCGGGUGCCCCGACGUGGCCCAGCCUGGAACGGCUUCGCAUUUCCGUUUCGCCACUGCGUGGAAAUACAAGUUUCGGCUUGGUCGUGGAUUGGGCCGGGCGCCGAGCAGGUGCUGUGGGUGGGCAUCGAACAGGUGCUGCUGGCGAGGUUAUUCUACCAGACUAGGGAGAAAAAAUAUCAUCAGUUUUGGGGCCAGGGGGCCUCUUUGAGAAUGGCUCAUGAUGCUGCUGCCCGUGGCUCGGCGUCACCGGUGACAGCGGACCCUGCAGGCCCUGGAGCUGCAGAGGGCAGUUCUGCUCGCGAGGAUGAGGCAACGGUCGAGGUCGUGACUGAAGACCAAAGGCACACAGCAGCGGCAGGACUUCUGGGAGUCGCCUUGAGUCGCUUCAUGCGUGCUCGCAGCAGUCGAAGCCGCUCACCUGUGGCCAGCACAAGACCGCCUGCACCUGUGGGCAGCGCAAGACUGGCUGCACAUGCAGACAUGAGUGAUGGUGACUUUCGUGAGCUCCUCGUGCUCAUGACGGCAAGGAUUGACGACCUCGAGAACUCCGUGGACGGCUUAAAAGCACAGAUUCGCAAGCUCGACAGUGAGAUCCCCGUGCUGAAGGCUGAGCUCAUGAUGCAGAUGUGCAGAAAUCUUCAGCGCCACGACAG